AUGACCAGGUUUACUAAAAUGUGGAUAUUUCUCAAUGCGAUGGUGGUAAUGGCCAUGCAAAUAACAGAUGAACCGUUUGUAGUGAAUGACGCACUGAAUCAGCGCACUGCUGCGAAUCAAGGCGACGCGGCUGAACUACGAUGUGAAAUAAACAGCAACCCUCAUUCUGUUAUAAAAUGGUAUGGUCCAGGCGGUGACGUCAUUAAGAAAGGCAAUAACAUAGCAAUAAUUAUUACUAGGAACUUUACUUGGCAAUUGAAUAAAUUAAUAAUUAAUAAGAAAACUGGAAAAGAUAACGGACGCUAUAUAUGUAAUGCCGACAAUGGCAUUGGGUCAAUUGAUUUCACAGUGGUACUAAGUGGGAAAAGUUUUCCCGACCCUGCUACAGAUAUCAUUGUUUCUUCGACUCAUAAUACAUUGCACGUGGUAUGGAAUUCUGGAUUUAACGGAGGUUAUCCACAAUCGUUUUUUAUUGAAUACGGUGAAUUGCCAGACGGGGAUCAACAAUUCACAGAAGAUACACAGGACAACGAAUUGACAGUCACGAAAUUACAACCACUGACGGGUUAUUACAUCAUCGUGGUCAGCACGAAUGCAUUAGGGGAAGCUCGAAGUGAAAGAUUAUGGACACGUACAAUAGAAGAGCCAAUCAGCUCUCCGAUAAUAAUCUAUCUGUUGUCGUCAGCUCUCCCGAUUUUAGUUUUAAUUGCUGGUUCAUUAAUGGUAGUGUAUCUUAGAAUGAGAUGCAUUAAACCAAGGGAAAGACAAGGUGCGUUAAUAAAAAAUGUAACAGAUGUAAGCCAUUAUGCAUCCCUAAGUAAACCGGAAGCUGAGAAUCAAUACGCCUCGUUGUCGAUUAACAAAGAAGAACACAUCUAUAUGAAGCCAGAGACAAGGAUCUGUGAAUUCCCCAGAGAACGAGUAUGUAUCACCAGUGUUAUUUCAUCCGGGAGAUUCUACGAAAUGUGUAAAGCCGAUGCCUGGAAUAUCGACGGGGAAAAAGAACAUGCGGAGGUUGUCAUUAAAAAAAGCAUCGCUCCAAAAUAUAUUAUAUUGGAACAAAUGCCUGAAAACCUGAAGAAUUAUCUUCAAUUUCAAUGUAACACAUCAACGGAGCAUGUGAGCGAAGUUACUCAAAAGGAUAUGUUUUCCUUCAUGAUGGACAUCGCAAGAGGAAUGGAGCAUCUCAGUAAAUUGAAGAUAAUACAUCGAUAUUUAGCCGCUAAACAUAUAUUGAUAUCGAGUAAUAACACGUGCAAGGUUUCUAAUUUCACUUAUGCAAGUAACGUCAUUAACGAUGACAGAUUCUACGAGAAGACAAAGGACAAUUUCCCGUAUCAGUGGAUGGCGAUUGAAACACUUUUGAAGAAGCGAUUUGAUUGGACGAGCGAUGUAUGGUCUUUUGGAGUUGUAUUAUGGGAAAUCGUGACUUUUGGAUGUUCACCACAUGGAAGCAUGACGAAAAAACAAGUUACAGAUAUGAUUCGAAUGGGAAAACGACUGACUAAGCCACCCAACUGCGGAAAGGAACUCUACAGCGCGAUCAAUUCGUGUUGGAUUCAUAACGUUACAAAUCGACCGCAUUUCUCACAAAUGAUAGAAACCAUCAACAGUUUGAUGAAUGAUGGCAAGGCACACAUCGAUGUUUCAAAUCCUGGCGAAAUACUCAAUAUUUACCAACAUAAUUUACAAUUUACUGUGUAG